CUCCAUCCCUCCAAGAUAAACCAAAACAAUAACCCAACAAACGCUCCCGGCCUCCUGGUCUCAAGUAAACCACCUCCCACAAGCGCACACUGCAUUCUCUCCCUCACAAGAGAUACGCACCCACUCCCAAAACCCCUCGAAGAGAACCCCCCCUUCCUCCGGGAAAAUGAACGACACGCACCACCGCAAAAUCGAACUCCAAUCCCCAGCGGACCUGACCUACCUAUACGGCAACACAGUCGCGCUCAGCCGCCAAAAGCUGGACCUCCACCUGCCGCCAUCCGCCAACCCAACAACCGACGGACCAGAUCCGAUGCGCGAACGAGUCCGAGAACUAGUAGACGAGUACAUCCUCCGCACCUUCACAAGCGCAUCGUCCUCGAUCACAAUCAACGGACUGGAUUCCUCGUCGAAAGAAUUCCCGUUCCCGGCAUCGUUCACCGCGCCCUCGGAGCAGGUCGAGUACGAGGCGUAUGAUGCCAAGUUGGCGGCGCGAGUGACCUCGUUGUAUGCGCAGCUGGAGUCGUUGACGACGACGGUGGCGCAGUUGCGGCGGGAUGCGCCUGGACGGGCGGCGCGAGCGUAUGCGGAGCAGCUGAGGCGGGUUAUUGCGGAGGAAGAGGCUUUGGAUCUUGAGAUUGAGGGGCGAGAGGGGGAGGGACAGGAGGAUGAGUUGAAGGUGGAGAGUGAGGGGUCAAAUACUCAGGAAUCUGCUGCUGCUGCUGCUGCUGCUGCUACUGUUGGUAAUCAAAAUGAAGAUGGAGCAGCAGGGGAGAAUCAGAAUCAGGAUCAGGAGAUGACGGGCACGGAGAACGGAACAACGACUGCAGCUGCGAAUCCGGAUGGUGUGGCAGUCGGGGAUACGGAGAUGGUUGAUGCACAUGGAGAUGCUGAGGUUGGAGCAACAACUACCACCAAAACAAGAAGGUCGGCUCGAUUGGCGCGGCGGCGCGCAAAGCUGCAGCUUCCGCUGGGCACAGAGCAUGAGGCGGAGCGCUGGCGCAGCGGGGAGAUGGCCGAGGUCUACGAGGAUGCCCUGCGCACGCUGCUUCGGCUACAGGGUGAAGCUCUGGCAGGGCAGGCCGCGACAUCAGACGCUGAGGGCGCAGACGGGAACGCUCUGGCGUCGACGGUGGGAAAGGCCGAGCGCGCUGGUCGGGCGGUCGAGGUUGUGGAAAAGAAAACGAAGAAAUAAUGGACUACAAUCAGUCGCGUCUCUGGAUGUCUCGAUUGACCUUUUAUUCGCAUCUCUCAUUUCAUUAUUGUCGAACUUUCUUCAUCAUCGGGAUUGGAUUGGCGUCGGUGGCCUAGGUAGGCUUGGGAUGAUACCAGAUUGGUUUAGGUGCAUUGUGUUAACGGUACUGGAUAGUCAACUUUUCUUAUUGGGUUUGCGGAUUUUGUGAAUUGGAAUGGA